AGAAGGACUCUUCACAGUUUGUCCACGCGGGUUGGUGUUUAGACGAAAGCAGCGCUAGUUGAGCACCAAUAACAAGAAGAUCAUGGGGAAAAAUAAACAGACGAAACUCGCAGAGGCAUUUAAACAAGGUGCUACGACUGGGCAAAAUCCAAGCAAGAAGAAGCCUAAACGAGAUGGCAAGCCUAGACAGGAGGAACAUCUUGAGCAGAUUCCCUUCCGCCUCCGAGAGAUUAUGAAAAGCAAGGAGAGGAUGAAGAUGGGGCCAAGCAAGACCAAGAAGAUGAAAAAAGCUGAAGCCAUCGCCCUCACUCCCAAACCCAAGCCAGGGGACGCUACACUUGGAGAUAUCCCUGUUCCACACUUCCGUAGAAAGAAGAAGGAGAGUGAGAAGUCGUACCUGCGGAGGAUGGGCAACGAGGCGCAGCACGUCCUCUUCCUCACCAAGAACCAGAUAGAGAGACACCCGGAGAGGGAGCUAGAGGAGCAGGAGAAACCUGCUGGCACCGGGAAAUGCAAGUCUGACAAGAAGAAAGAGUAUGAUAAAAGCCGGCUGGACAGGCUACAUAAGAAGAAACUGGACAGGCGGGAAGAGAAGGCAGAAAACGACAUGUUCAUAGAUGAAGUUGCCUUUGGAGAAGUUGCCAUGGCACCACCGACUCUGAGUAUCAAGCCCAGGAAGGCACUGAUCAAGCCCCAGGGUGUGUGUAAGGGUCUCCUGCUGAACUCUCUGCUAGGCCAGACCCAGUUCUCCACAGCCAAGCCGUCCAUGGCCAGACAGAGGAUGAUGGAGGAGGAGAGGCAGCGGGUCGUGCAGGCCUACCGCCACCUGAAGAAACAGAAGCAGCAUCAGCAGGAGGCCAAGGCAGCUGGGAUAGACAAGCUGAAGAACCUCCAGUGAGACUCCAGUCGGACACGAGCUGUGGUCCCAUUCUCUGCCUUGCUCCCUCAAGGUGUGCACUUCUUACUUACACUCCCCUUGCAUCACUGUAUUUGCACAGUGAUGCAACUUAUGACAUCUUCAAAUGGGGGACUAGAUCUAUAAAGUGCUUUCAUUUCUAAAUGGCCAAUCAGAUAAGUAUGAAAAUGCCCUCAAAUAAAAGGUGACAUUCUGUCCUAUCACCUCAAAUCCAAAAUGCUGGAGAAUAGAGCCAAAUUAAAAAUUGUGUGGACUGGUGUAAGAAAUAUGGUGGAAAGUCUGGAAACCCCUGUAGAACUAUUCUUAAAUCAAUGCUUUUUAAUUAAAUGGAGGCGAGGGAGCAAGUGCACAUUUCAGGGUGAAGGGUAGGGAAUUUGGCUGCAUUGAAGAUGACGCACCAAAUCCAAGUGGAACCAGAUGGAGGGGACAAGGGUUAGCUCAUCUGAUCACCAAGCAGUUCAUAUUCCUUUCCCAAUCUGCAGUGAGUUUUUGUGGACACUGGGAUGGUUUCUGGCUAUUGUGGAAAGGACCAGACCUCCUCAGCACAUAUGGACUGAUUCACUGUUUCUCCUUGAAUAGGUAGCUUUCCUUCCUACCUACCUAGAGGCCUUGCCAUUUAUGUCAGGUACUUCUGACUGUCAGUUGAUACAGAAAACAGUGGCACUAUCUUCUCUUGUGGCAAUGCAUGACUGCUAUGACAUUGACAUGACUCUGACUGUUUGGGGACUUUGAAAACGUCUUAUUUUCCCAUGCAGUUUGGAUGGAAUAAACCACAUUAUUUACGGCCCUGCUUUACCGAGCAAGAAAAGUUGGCACCUGUCAUUCCCACUAGGUGGUAGUCAGGAUGUCUAACAUAUAAACAUCAUCGGUACCUGUUGGGGAUUCUUGUAAUGUUAUUAGUAAUAAUAAUGAUAAUUUGUGUAGAGAAUGUGGUAUUGUUUUGAAUAAAAUGUAACAUUGUAACUGCA